CGUGACAUCGUACUCUGGCGCCCGCCUGAGCCGCGCCCCCGACUCGGCGUACUCCUUUGGCUGUCCUUCCGGGAAGCGGCUGACGAGGACGAGGCGGCCGCUGGGCAUCAGCUUGCGCAGUCGCUCUGGUGUUUAUAAGAGAGAAUAUCAUAGGCCAAGGGUACAGAAACGAGUAACAGGGGUAUCGCAAAGAAUCAUGCUCCUCUCACCAUCCACCGGCUGUUGGUGGGCUUGCGCUUGUGCUUUUAUAUUCUGGCAGGUAUACGUCAUGUCUACUCUGGCAUCCAUCCUCGAAUGGUUAUUCCGGUCGGGCCCAAGUCGCCCAAAGCGGCAGCGGCCAGGUCGCGUGAUUAAUAGUGCGGCCACCAAUUUGCAAUACGUUGCGGUUUCGGGAAUGCUUUACUUGCAAGGGAGCUUAAUAGUUAAACGAGAGUCGGAGUCGGAAGAGUUGCUCGCCUUUGAUAAAUUAUCGUGGAACUACGUGAGGUUGAUGAUACGGCUGCAGUUCAGGGUGCUGGAUGGAACAAAUUCAGAAUGCUCAGAGCUCACUCGCAAAGAAAUUAAACUGCGAGGCGGCCUGCGUUUAUCUAGCUGGCUCGUGGCGUGUCCUUCAACAACCUCAUUAGACCUACAGGGUGUGGUUUAG